GGUGUUUCGUCCUUACUACGAAAGUUUUCUCUUUCAUUUACUUUCUCUGUCUCGUUUUACAAUCUCCUGCAAUGGCUGCAUCACUUCGUUCUGUUUUUUCACGUUCCCCUUUCGCUGCACGAACGGCCUUCCAUUCGGCCCGAUUUUCUUCGACGGUGUCAAAACAACCUACCCUUAAAGAACGACUAUCUGAGCUUAUUCCAGCAGAAAUAGAAAAUGUAAAACGUAUACGAGCGGAGCAUGGUAAAAAAACAUUCGGUCCUGUAGCCGUUGAUCAGCUUUACGGAGGGAUGAGGGGUCUUCCUGCCUUAAUAUGGGACGGUUCCGUUCUUGACGCAGAGGAGGGUAUUCGAUUCCGGGGCAAAUCUAUCCCUGAAUGCCAACACCUACUUCCUAAGGCACCCGGUGGCUCAGAGCCUCUCCCUGAAGGCCUAUUUUGGCUUCUUGUGACAGGUGAAAUCCCAACCCAGCAGCAAGUGGAGGAGCUGUCUAAAGACUGGGCUGCUCGGGCGGCCAUUCCUGAGUUUGUUGAGGAGAUUCUCGACAGGUGUCCACCCACCCUUCAUCCUAUGAGCCAAUUCAGUUUGGCUGUCACAGCUCUCAACCACGAUUCUGCAUUUGCGAAAGCCUAUCAGGACGGAAUCUCCAAAAAAGAAUACUGGAGUCCUACUUUUGAGGAUUGCAUGGACCUUAUCGCGAAGCUUCCUAACAUCGCUGGUCGCAUAUACCGCAAUGUUUUCGGACAAGGAAAACUGCCCGCUAUCGAUCAGGCAAAAGAUUACUCUCAUAAUCUCGCAGCUUUACUUGGUUUUGGCGAUAACGAAGCAUUUGUAGAGCUUCUGCGUCUUUAUAUUACCAUACACAGUGAUCAUGAAGGUGGGAACGUGUCUGCUCAUACGGGCAAGCUUGUAGGCUCUGCCCUUUCAGACCCGUUCCUUGCUUUUGGUGCUUCUCUUAAUGGUUUAGCUGGACCAUUGCACGGCCUAGCUAACCAGGAAGUCCUCAUCUGGCUGAGAAAGAUGCAGGAUAAGAUUGGUGAGAAUGCCAGCGAUGAAGCUGUCAAAGACUACGUAUGGUCGACUUUGAAAGGUGGUCAGGUAGUGCCCGGUUAUGGCCACGCAGUCUUGCGUAAAACUGAUCCUCGGUAUACCGCUCAACGAGAAUUUGCGAUGAAGCACUUGCCAGAUGAUCCUCUCUUCAAGCUCGUGGGUCAGAUAUAUAAUGUUGUCCCUGAUAUAUUGUUACAGGCAGGCAAAGCCAAGAACCCUUGGCCUAAUGUUGAUGCUCACUCCGGUGUUUUGCUAACGCACUACGGACUGACGCAAAUGCAGUUCUACACAGUUUUGUUUGGAGUGUCCCGUGCCUUUGGAGUCGCUGCACAAUUAAUAUGGGAUCGUGGACUGGGUGCUCCUCUCGAACGUCCCAAAUCUUAUUCCAGUUCUGCGAUUGAAAUGAUGUUCAAGGAUAAGCAGGCGUAGCUGUUUACAUGAAUGGCUGGAUAGACACCGCUCUUUCAAAUAAAAUAAUACUUCCUACUUUAUUUUGUUGAAGCUAUGAGUAAUGGAGAGAGAUUUAUAUACUGCC